UUAUUUAUCAAAAAAGAAAAAAGAAGAAGAUAUUGGUGGGUAGGGGUGACCGAUUUCCCCAAUCGAAGGCAAACCCUUGUUCCCAAAUCGCUUCUCUCAUAUGGCGGCCUCAUCGUCCUCUCUCUCUUCUGAUUCUUCCUCUCACCGUCGCAAGCGCCACCACCGCAGCCGCCGAGACCGCGACAACAAGGACUCCCUUAAGAUCCGAAAGAAAUCUAAGUCUCACUCUCACGCAAAACGACGUCGCAAGCAUCACCGCUACUCCUCCGAUUCCGAUUUUUAUUCUUCUUCCUCCCUCUCUGAUUCAUCCAGAAGUGAGAGUUCUUCUAAUAGUGAGCAUGAAACAUCUCAUCGGUCAAAGAAGCAUAAAAAGAGUGAUAAACCAAAGAAGAAUAAGGAAAAGGAGCGAAGUAAAAGUCAUCGCCAUAAGCGGCACAAGCACAGCCUAAAAGAGAAGCCGAAUGGUGAAAGGAGCAGCAGCCCUGUGCAGCUUUCCAAGUUUUUAGGGCGCAACAAAGAUGAUGGUGUCCGUCGCAGUGCCGUAUCGGGCAAGAAGAUUCUUCUCAAACUUGAUAAAACAAAGGAAGAUAAGGAGGCAGAGAGCAAGAGAAAUGAACUGCUGAACUUUUUAAAUGCUAGUUUUGAUUAGCACUGAGAAGGUAUGGAUUUGUUAAGAGGGUACAUCAAAGUCAAAAACGAACCAAUUUUACUUGGGUGCAUAAUUAUUUUGUUAUUAUCAGAAUCAAGCAAUCUACAAUUUAGACGGGUGGGGUGCGGUAAAAUUGUGCUUACAAUUGAAAGACUGCAACCAAGUUUGUUCAACAUGUGUGGUUUACAGUCAAUGGUUUCCUCUAUUGUGGAUUUUGUUAUGAGCUUUUGUAAGAUGACAACCUUUUGACCUUGCCAGAUUCAUUGAGUUUAGUCGGUCAUUGUUUUAUGUGCCGUUUUUUUCAAUAGUUUUCCCCUCUAUUGUUAUUCUGGGCUCAUGUGACUGAAUUGUCAAAUUUGCAUUUGAAUUACAUAUUCUGAUACAUAUGGGUUUUAGUUUUGA